AUGGCUGAAGACAAUCCAGAACUGCAACAUGCGUUGCAGGAGCUUGACAGAGAACUCGAGGCUGAGGAGAUUACUGUAAAGGGAUACGAGAAGCGGCGCACCCUUCUAUUUUCGCAGUUUCUCGGACCCGGUCACAAUGGGCUCCAGGCGCCGAGCGUUACCAUUCAAGGUCCCGGAGGUCAGACCGAUGACUACUCUGGAAGGUAUCCAGACGUCGGGAGUGAUAGCUCGUCAGGUAUUGCUAGACAGAGAACGCCUUCACUCCAACUUCCCCUUCGCGCCGCAUCCAGAGCGUCGGUAGAUUCUCUUUUCCUUCCCAAAACGAGCCAGAGCAAUACACUAGACGUUAGCCAUGAAGACUCGAGAACAGCAACAUUGAUGAGCCAAAGCUAUGCCUUCAAUCCAAAUAAUCAGUAUGACCAUAUGGGUCAAGCGGCCGAUCCUUACGAUGGCGGCGUCUACGAUCCAGACGGAGGUCCAACUCGUCAGUCGACGCUACUCGAUUCGCAAGCCUACUUUCAGGAUUUCGCUGGACAUCAGAAUGAAGAUUAUAGGAAUAGUUAUGGAGGCGGGUAUCAUCGAUAUUCCCAGUCUGAUGCAUUUUCGCCGACAGCGAACAUGGCGCCUCCGUUAAUGCCAGCCUCGGAAAUUGCACCGGGAAGCAUGCUUGGUCACCUUCUCCCUCUAGAGCCACGAGAAAUACCUAAUUCCGUCUACGACCCGCACGAUCCCAAUACCAUGAUGUCCAAGUUCGAUAAUCUGCCGGCAGUCCUUAGACAUCGCGCCAAGACACAAUCGAAACAACCGGCCUACUGGGUCUUAGAUCAGAAAGGCAAAGAGAUUGCAUCUAUCACUUGGGACAAACUAGCAAGUCGGGCGGAAAAGGUUGCCCAAAUCAUACGCGACAAGAGCAGUUUAUACCGCGGCGAUCGUGUGGCACUGAUCUACCGUGAUACCGAGAUUAUCGAAUUUGCUGUGGCUUUGAUGGGUUGUUUCAUCGCCGGAGUGGUGGCCGUCCCCAUCAAUAACGUAGAUGACUACACAAGCCUUAAUGUCAUCCUCACAUCGACGCAAGCCCAUCUUGCUUUGACCACAGAGAACAAUCUGAAAAACUUCCAAAGGGAUAUCACAACUCAGAAGCUGCAAUGGCCAAGAGGUGUUGAAUGGUGGAAGACAAACGAAUUUGGGAGCUACCACCCCAAGAAAAAAGAAGAUGUCCCGCCUUUGAUUGUGCCUGACCUUGCUUAUAUUGAGUUCUCACGAGCACCAACCGGAGACUUGCGUGGGGUUGUCAUGAGCCAUCGGACAAUCAUGCACCAGAUGGCCUGCCUUAGUGCCAUCGUGGCUACCGUGCCCGGCUCUAAAUCUGCUGCACAGCCUAGAAGCAUUGGAAUGAUUUUAGGUGUCUUGUUGACUGUUUACGGUGGACACACAACGGUAUAUCUAGAGGCACAAGCAGUGGAGACCCCCGGUCUUUACGCUCAUCUCGUCACAAAGUACAGGGCUACUGUCAUGGCUGCCGACUAUCCGGGCCUGAAGCGCGUCGCAUACAACUAUCAGCAAGAGCCGCUAGUCACUCGGCACUUCAAAAAGAAUGUCGAGCCCAACUUCUCGAGUGUGAAGCUUUGUCUGAUUGAUACACUCACAGUCGAUUCUGAGUUUCAUGAAAUUCUAGCAGAUAGAUGGCUACGACCCAUGCGAAAUCCGCGUGCGCGGGAAAUAGUCGCUCCAAUGUUAUGUCUGCCUGAGCACGGAGGCAUGGUAAUCAGUGUCCGAGAUUGGUUGGGAGGUGAGGAGAGAAUGGGAUGCCCAUUGACCCAUCCUCUGGAUCCCGCGGAGCCAGAGCUGAAAGAAACUGAGAUAAAAAAGACUGAUACCAAUGACGGAUUCGGCAGCAGUUUGAUUGGAGGGACUCCAGUAACUGCUCCUAAGAAGAAAGCCACAAAUGAUCUGGCAGAAGUUCUACUUGAUAAGGAAGCGCUGAAAUCUAACGAGGUUGUUGUAUUAGCCAUGGGAGAACAGGCGAGAAAGCUUGCUGAGACUCGUCCAAAUAGUGUGCUCGUGGGUGCAUUUGGAUAUCCGUUACCCGACGCUACUCUUGCAAUCGUUGAUCCCGAAACUAAUCUGCUAUGCACCCCAAAUGUCGUUGGAGAAAUCUGGGUUGACUCACCGUCUUUGUCUGGUGGAUUCUGGGCGUUGCCGAAACAUACAGAAACCAUCUUCCACGCCCGGCCCUACAAGUUCGAGGUCGGAAACCCUACUCCUGUCCUAGUAGAGCCGGAGUUCCUUCGAACUGGUCUUCUAGGCUGUGUUAUUGAAGGGAAAAUAUUCGUCCUUGGCCUAUAUGAAGAUAGGCUUAGGCAGAAGGUUGAAUGGGUGGAACAUGGUCAAGAGAUUGUUGAGCAUCGUUACUUCUUCGUGCAGCAUUUGAUUAUAAGUAUUAUGAGAAAUGUGCCAAAGGUUAACGAUUGCUCUGCGUUCGAUGUCUUUGUUAAUGAGGAGCAUUUACCUAUUGUUGUUUUGGAGUCAUACACCGCUUCAACUGCGCCGACAACUUCCGGUGGCCCACCGCGACAGUUAGAUGUGGCACUCCUCGAAUCACUGGCAGAGCGUUGCAUAGAAGUCCUCUACCAGGAACAUCAUCUCCGUGUCUACUGCGUUAUGAUUACUGCUCCAAACACUCUUCCUCGCGUCACUAAAAACGGCAGACGAGAGAUUGGAAACAUGCUAUGUCGGAAGGAGUUUGACAACGGCACUCUUCCCUGUGUGCAUGUCAAGUUUGGAGCUGAACGUGCUGUGAUGAACCUGCCGCUCGGUAUAGACCCCGUUGGUGGUAUGUGGUCACCAAUGUCGUCAAAUUCCAGGCAAGAGAUUCUGGCUAUGGAAGAGAAACAAUAUUCUGGGGUAGACUAUCGAGACAUUGUUAUGGACGAUAGGACUUCCACGCCACUUAACAAUUUUACAAACAUCGUCGAUCUAGUCCAAUGGCGUGUCACGCGCCAAGCGGAAGAGCUAUGUUACUGCUCCAUAGAUGGUCGUGGCAAAGAAAGCAAAGGUGUCACAUGGAAAAAGUUCGAUACCAAAAUAGCUGCUGUGGCUUCAUAUCUCAAGAACAAAGUCAAAGUCAAGCCAGGCGAUCACUUGGUGUUGAUGUAUACUCAUUCAGAAGAGUAUGUCUUUGCAGUCCAUGCUUGUUUAUGUCUCGGCGCAAUUGCAAUUCCUAUGGCACCGAUUGAUCAGAAUCGAUUACCGGAAGAUGCGCCGGCUUUUCUCCAUGUUGUGUCAGACUUCAAGGUCAAAGCAAUACUUGUUAAUACCGAUGUCGAUCACGUCAUGAAACAGAAGCUUGUUUCUCAACACAUCAAACAGUCCGCACAAGUUCUCCGUAUCGGGGUACCGGCUAUUUACAACACUACUAAGCCACCAAAGCAGUCGCAUGGCUGCCGCGAUCUUGGAUUUACCAUGAACAAAACAUGGCUACAGGAGAAUCAUCCCGCUGUUAUUUGGACUCAUUGGACCGCCGACCAGAGACGUAUAUCAGUGCAACUGAAUCAUGACACAUUGAUGGCGAUGUGUAAAGUUCAAAAAGAGACAUGUCAAAUGACAAGUGCAAGACCAGUUUUGGGAAGUGUUCGAAGUACCGUUGGCUUAGGGUUUCUACACACCUGUCUCCUCGGAGUUUAUGUUGGUGCUCCGACAUAUCUCGUGUCACCGGUCGAUUUUGCACAGAACCCCGCAUCAUUGUUUGUCGCUUUGGCACGAUAUAAGAUCAAGGAUACAUAUGCCACUGGUCAGAUGUUGGAGUAUGCUAUGAGUGCCAUGCCUGGAAAGGGAUUCCAGCUCCAAGAGCUCAAGAAUCUGAUGAUUGCCACAGACGGCAGGCCGAAGGUUGAUAUGUACCAGAAGGUUCGACUACACUUCGCAGCCACCGCUUUGGACCGAACGGCAAUCAAUACGAUAUACUCUCAUGUUCUCAAUCCAAUGGUUGCUUCCCGAUCUUACAUGUGCAUUGAGCCUAUCGAAUUAUGGCUCGAUUUGCGGGCACUUCGACGGGGKAUGGUGUAUCCCGUUGAUCCAGAUCUUGACCCAACUGCUCUGCGUCUGCAAGAUUCCGGUAUGGUUCCAGUCAAUACACAGCUUGCAAUUGUAAACCCAGAAACUUGCACUUUGUGCCGUGUGGGUGAGUACGGCGAGAUCUGGAUUCAGUCCGACGCAUGCGCAAAGGCCUUUUACGGCAGCAAACAGGAAUUCGAUCUCGAGCGUUUCAACGGCAGGGKUUUUGACGGUGACACCUCUGUACAAUAUGUGCGCACUGGUGAUAUUGGCUUCCUUCACACAGUAACGCGGCCAAUUGGUCCAGGUGGUCAGCCUGUCGAGAUGCAAGUCUUGUUUGUUCUCGGCGGUAUUGGAGAAACGUUCGAGAUCAAUGGGCUUAACCACUUCCCUGCUGAUAUUGAGUCAUCUGUGGAGAAAUGCCAUCGCAACAUUGUUCCGGGUGGUUGUGCCGUCUUCCAAGCUGGUGGACUUGUUGUUGUGCUUGUUGAGGUUACGAGGAAGUCUUAUCUGGCCUCUCUGGUCCCUGUUAUUGUCAAUUCUGUUCUCAAUGAUCAUCAGAUUGUCAUAGAUAUCGUGGCCUUCGUCUCCUAUGGCGACUUUCCACGAUCUCGACUUGGAGAAAAACAACGUGGAAAGAUUCUUGGCUCAUGGGUGACACGAAAGAUGCGCACGAUAGCUCAAUUCAGUAUUCGCGAUGCCGACGGAGCUGACCCCCAAAUGCUCCAGAGCCGCAUGAGCAGAGGAUCCAAGACGGGCAGCAUUAUGGGAGGCAGCAGUCUUCGAAGAUCGACGCUUGUCCCUGAUAGUGAUUCUAGCACGCGGGUAGCUCCGACACCGGGACAAGAAAGACGCGAACUUGUUGAUGAACCGUACACAAUGCAAGAAGACGAGGAGGAAAAGCACUACCAAGAUCUACUCAACGAUCCUCAAUACAGAGCAAAUAAUGAUGGUUCCCGUGGAAACCAAGAACAAUCGACACCCCAGCCUUUGUCCAUCGACACGCACCAAGGCUAUGAAGGGGAGAAGAACCCGACACCAGUCUUGAGUCCAGAUGCCGGCUUUGAUUUUGGAGAGAGUUUCGGUCAGACAGGCUACAAUGAGGGUUUACGGGUUCAUGAAGCCUCUCCUGUAAGAAAUGUACCAUCCGUCGCAGUAGCGCCCCCGUCAACAUCUGGGUCCCAAGAUUCGAGAGUCUCGCAUGCCAGCCCUCCACGUGGUGCGCCAAAUGAUACAAGCCGACAACAACAAUAUAGCAGAGGUCCACAAGUUACAAGUUCGACCGAGAAUCAAUCGUGGCUCGACACCUCGCGUCGACCAAUAUCCGCUGAGGAAUGGCCGCAGGAGGCGCUUCUCUAUCAGUCGCAUUAUGAUGGACAGGGCUCUAAUGGACAUCCCGGAAAGGAUAAUGGCAACUUCAAUGCUUUUUAG